GCAAAUAAUAGCCAUACAUGUAAUUACAGCUCAUUUUGUGGACACCCCGAUGAAGAAGAGUGAGGCAAAGGCUCAUUGCGAUGGUUUAGGCCGUACUCUAGCGAUGCCUCUAAACCUAGAGGAGCAGCGAUUCAUUGAGGCGUUUGCCCGCAAAAAGCUAGAAGACCCAGAAGUGAGGACAGGGAAAAACAUGCAGUUCUGGAUCGGCAUCUCUGACGAGCAAAUGGAGGAGCACUGGAUGUACGACGACGAGAGUCCGGUGUCCGACAAGUUCAGCGCCUGGGCUACGGGUCAGCCCGACAACGGCGGCCCCUAUGGCUCGAGUGCCGAGAAUUGCGGCGCAAUCGGCGAAAAGGCCGAAAUGAAAUGGACGGACGUUAACUGUAAUCUCAAAUUAAAAUUUUUCUGCGCCUAAAACUAUAGUCGACAACAAAAUAGUAGUUUUUAUUUUUAAUUAACUUAUUUUUUAAAAUAUAUUUUCUAUUUUCAAGACAACAAAAAUAAUGAUUUAUAUCUCAAUCAACAAAAAUAUGAUGUAUUUAUUUAUGAACAUUGUCUACGAUAAAUAUCUCUUUAGUAC